ACAUACUUUCAGAGCCUGCGGGGAGCGCAAAUCCGCCGCAAUCUCAGUCAACGAAGAGACGUUGUCUCGCGUGGAUCAACAGGUGUUUUUGCCCGUGUAGUACAUUUAUCAGCAUGGGAAUCACAUAUACAUGCAGUGUGAUAGCUCUGCUUGCCGUACUUCUUGUGACAACAGAGGCUGGAGAUAUGAUGCGGAAAAGCAUUGUUUUCGACAAAAAUACUCCAGACGUAUUCUACUGUCCACAACAGAAACCGACUGGCUUUGAGAAAAUGCUCGUGACCGCGAAACCAUUAUCAAGACUUUGCCAAUUUGAGGGAAAACCGAUCCCACCAGAUUACAAGAGCGAUUGUUAUAAUGAUGUAGACGAAACCGAAUAUGCGUGUAAAGAGAAGUACAGAAUCAUGAAGCGAUUCAGAAACAAAGCGGAGGGAGAUGAGAACACCAUGGAUGACCUCGUCGAGAAAUAGAUGAGAAAUUGAUGCUGCACGAUCAAACAUCGCGUGCAAUUUUGCAAAUGAUCAUGCCGGGUCCUCCACUAAUGCUCAAGCUUGCAAUCUCCAGUCCCAUAAUUACAAAGCAUUACAUUUUUGAUUCCUAAAUUCAAACUGCCAAUUAGUUUAUUAAUAGACAUAAGUUUUUAAGUGUUUUAUAAAACGAUUAAUUAAUUAUUACAAAUGAAACAAUUAAUUAAAUCAUUAAUGUAAACAUUUAAGACGUUCUUAUAGCACGUAACAAUAUUGUGAAUGUUUUUAGAAAAUUGAUUUUCACAGUUAUAAUUUUUUUUUUAAGUUUUGUGACAUGAAAUAUUUAAUAUUUCCUUUUUUUCUUUGUAUUUUAAAAUUAAGAUUUUUACCGGUGCUAUUUUAGUAGUUUCCGAGCUUGGUGGCCGGAAUUUGUAAUAUUUUUUUUUAAAUAAUAACAUUAAUAAAACUAACAAAUAAUUGGA